ACCACAACUUACUCGUAGAAUUGUUGCGCCUGUUCGAUGUCCAAGUUGUUUAGAUCCAAAUCCAACGGUAUACAGUUAUGAUUUUCAACAUAGACUGGAAGCAUUUUUCAUACCAAUAUGGUGGUUUUCUAAAAAAGAAAUAUGGAAAUGUGAAAAGUGUAACUGGGCAGGAGAUGAAAAACCUGAUGAACAAGAAAUUAGAAAAUUAGAAGAGCGUGAUUUAAUGAUGCAGCAAAGACCUCCUUUACCUACUUGGGGAUUAACAACAUGUCCUUCAUGCAAAAUGGAGAUCAAUAUUUCUGGACGAAUCAAAUUUUGCCCAUAUUGUGGAAAUCAAGUUAUCAACAACAAACAACAACAAUGA